GCGAGCAGAAGUGUCCGCGAAUCAGUCUAAAAGCAAACAGAAUCUGAAAAAAGAUCCCAGAACAGAUCGUCAAUUGGUCGGCCCCCAUAUAGCAUACAUACAUACAGUUUUCUUUAUUUUUUGCGAGUGUUGUGUUGCAAGUGCCGGAAAAGAGAAAAUAACUUAUCGAUCGCCCAAUUUGGAUUAACGCAGGACGCAGCACAAACAACGAGGAUCAUCCUAGGAUCCUGGCCAACUCUACUUUUCAACUAUAAUGCGGUUUGGUUGGCAGUACGCUGCGACCACAGCUAAAGGCAGCAACACGGCGGUCAAAGGCAACGGAAACGGAAACGCCAGUGGAAGAGGAAGAAGGAGAGGUUACCAUGCGAUGGCGAUGGCUCGUCCACUGCUCCUGCCCGCCCUCCUGCUCCUCCUAACCGCCGCCCAUUUGCCCCACUUGGCCCAGGGGCGCAGCACCACCAGCAGCGGCGGUCUCACCCAGAUUCGCACUGUUUCGAAUUUGAGCUCUAAUUCGAAUGCCAGUCAGCCAGCCAUCCCGGCUAGUAGCUCCAUUUUAAGUCCUCGCAAGCGCCACCGGAAGCGGAACAGCAAUUGGAUCGACUAUCGCAAUUUCGACGAGAACACGACGGCCCUGGAGUGGGCCAAUCCCUGUGGGGGCAACUAUCAUCCCGCGGCGGCAGAACGCUUCAAUCGCCAGCGGCCCAGGCAGAGCUUCAAUCAGCUGAAGCGCCACGCCUUUAGGGAGUACCGCAGCCUGAACAGCAGCCAGGACUCGGCCAUCGAUAUCCGCAACAUGACCAUGUGGUCGCUGCACACGCACAACUACAAGUUCCUGCCCAAGCUCAAGCCCAAUUCCACGAUUGCCCUGAAGCGCUGGUACCGCAACAUGCAAACGUACGUGGCCAGCUUCGCGUACUUGAGGCGCCAGCAGAUCCGCUGGGACCAGCGGUCCAUCACCCGCGAGUCGAGCACCGCCCGCGAGCUGCGCGAGCUGCUUUUGAGCUCGCGUCGAAUCCUCUGCGAGCUGGAGACGGCCGUCAACCAGACGCAGAGUCCGCGUCUCCAGAAGCAGCGGCGCAGUGGCGCUGCGGUUGCCACUCAGCAGCUUCAGCUGCCGCAAAUUUCACGGCUCGAGAUGAACAAGCGUUUGAAGCUGCGCACCAAGACAGCCGGCGACGGUGGCCACCAGGGAGGCAGUGCAUCCUCCAUGCCGACGUCAGCCUCCUCAUCUGGCGAGGCGGACUCGAUUGAUAUGCGCUUCGUGAAGCAUCACUACUACGACUUCCUGCGCACCAUGUACCAGCUGCUGCGGCGGGAUGGCAAGCGGGUGGGGAAGAGUCGUCGUCCGCGGAAGCAGCACAAGAAGCCCAAGAGCCAGAAGAAGAAUCACCAGAAGAAACAACAUCAAAUGGUGGUGGAGCAACUGGAGCAGCAGCGCUGGCGGAGCUCGGCCUUUCAGAAUGGCAAGGAGUUCAACGAGGUGUCCAAGCCGGCGGCGGCAGGUGGUGCAGUUGCAGGUGGUGCAGCUGGCAGACGUGGCAAGCGGCAGUCGAGACGCGUGCAGCGCACGUGAAACUACCAUAUAUAUUAAAAAGAAUCCCUCCCCCUCAGGACACGCCCCUUAGCCCUGUCCCGCCCCUUGCCCCCUUAAUUUAACCGUUAAUUGAUUGUAGCUUAAGUAAAUUAUUUGAUUGCCAGCACAGACUCUCUCUCUCUCUUCUCAAUUUCAUUGCAAGUAUUACCAACCACAUUCCGUAUUUAUUGAAAAGAAAAACCAACCGCAGUUGCCGUUCUAGUCACAUAAGAGCAACCGCCAAUCACCCUAGCAGUAUAUAAAUAUAUAUAUAUAUAUAUAUCUAUGUAUAUCCAAUGGAAAGUAUUAUUUAACACAUCAAGCCCCCUGAAUUUUAUGUGACCUUUUAGUAGGCUAACAUCAUAACCCUAACAUAACCAUAGCCCCUAGGAUAGGUUUUAGUCUUAAGGCACACACACACACAUCUUUUUUUUCGUAGGCUAGCUUGUGUUUUCGACAUCUGUGAUAUAGUGCUUGACUAGUUCGUAUUUAACCUAAUUGUAUAUAUAGAGAUCAUGUUUACCACUGCACCCAUAUGCUUUCGUAGGCCUAAGCUCGCCCUUAGAAAUCGAUUUUCGUAUUUAUAUAGAACCGACCGAUAUAUGACUA